CUCGAAGAUCGACGGCCCAGGACGAUAGUGAGAGAGUCGCUCUCAUCGCGGCACACGGUUUCCACUCGACUAUCGACGUUGUUCCCAACGAGCUCGUGAUAACAAGUGCAUUACUAUGAAGCCGAAGAAAUUGGGAAUCAUCGGUGGUUCUAUGUUCAGUUUCGGCGUUCUGUUCUGUGCAGUGAUCUUUCCUCCGUUUCUAAGGUCACAGAUCAAGAGGCAAGUAUCGCUGCGACAUGGUUCCGAGAUGCGCGAAUUGUGGUCGAACUUCCCCCUUCCGCUUGACUUUAAAAUUUAUCUCUUCAACGUAACGAAUCCCGUCGAAAUAACAGCGGGAGAGAAACCGAUCCUUCAGGAAGUGGGGCCAUACUUUUACGACGAGUACAAACAGAAGGUGAAUCUCGUCGAUCGAGAUGAAGAUGACAGCAUCGAGUACAACGUAAAAGCAACAUGGUACUUCAACCCUUCGCGCAGCAACGGUUUAACCGGCGACGAGGUGCUCUACGUCCCCCAUAUUCUCAUUCUCAGCAUUGUAAAAAUUACUCUGGCCGAACAACCCGGGGCGAUGGGGAUCAUCAACAAAGGUGUGGACAGCAUUUUCAAGAAGCCAAGCUCAGUUUUCGUAAAGGCAACAGCAAAGGAAAUAUUGUUCGAAGGUCUGCCAGUUGACUGUACGGUGAAGGACUUCGCUGGGUCCGCCAUUUGCAAUAAUUUAAAGGCCAGGAGCAGCGAUUUCACAACAGACGGCCAGGGCCAUUACUUUUUCUCCUUAUUUGGCCCAAAAAAUGGCACCAUCGUUCCCGAACGUAUACGCGUUUUGCGUGGAAUAAAAAAUUACAAAGACGUCGGUCGCGUGACGGAAUUCGACGGAAAACCAGCGUUAACGAUUUGGUCGGAGGACCACUGCAACGCGUUCAACGGAACGGAUUCCACCAUUUUUCCACCGUUGCUCACGGACGACGACGAUAUCGUCUCCUUCAGUCCUGACAUUUGCAGAAGCCUGUCCGCCCAUUUCACACACAAGACCAAAGUUAAAGGGGUCCACACGAAUCAUUACACGGCUGACUUUGGAGACCAGAGCACGAAUCCCAUGGAGAAGUGUUUCUGUCCCACGCCCGACACUUGCUUGAAGAAAAAUUUGCACGACUUGUCCAAGUGCCUGGGUGUGCCGAUGGUCGGUUCGCUACCUCAUUUUCUAGGAUCGGAUGAGUAUCUGAAACUCGUCGAUGGACUCCAUCCUAACGAGGAGGAGCACGAUAUCUCUAUGGACUUCGAGCCAAUGACAGCCACCCCGUUAAACGCGCACAAGAGACUGCAAUUCAACAUGUUCCUGCAUCCCGUCGAAAAGUUUAAGUUGAUGAAAAAAUUCCCAGAGUGUCUGUUUCCACUUUUCUGGGUCGAGGAAGGAAUCCUGCUAGGCGACGAGUUCGUGAAAAAAUUGAAAACCGUGUUCUUCGCGAUAAACGCCGUCGGAUUCUUAAAGUGGUUGACUAUAGUCGUCGGUGCCUGCUUAAGCGGCGGAGCAGCUGCGUUGCAUUACAAGAACAGGGAGAAGAAUAAGCUGGACAUCACGAAAGUGACGCCACAGUCACAGAGCGCGAAAGAAGAUGACCAGAAAAAAUGGCCGCCGCAAAUGAACAUCAGUACGAUACAAAGCGCGGCCGUACCGCCCAAUCUAGACGCGAAUUAGACACAACUUUGGAUUUUAAUUACAGUUUACAUUUCGAGAGCCUAAAAAAUGGCGUCGCGAGUGGAAAGGAAGUUCGUACGUCGUGAGAAA